ACCAUGCUUGGACUCGGGGUGAGAAGACAGCAUGGUUUGGAAGUGGAGACCUUUUUCUCUUCACUUUCUCCAUGCCCUAGCCUCCACACAGCCCCGAGCCAGGCCUGACCAGCACCAAGCCCUGAACUUCAGCUCAGAGUCCGCAGAUCAGGGGCCUGAAGGCUGACGGGAUCUCCUGUGCUUGCUGGCAGAGCCGGCUCCUGCUCUCUGGAAGACGGGUCUUCCUCUCUGAGGUGGGCUCAUAGUGCCUCAGGCAGAGACUCACUUGGGAUCCCAGGAUAGCUGCUAAAUGCUUUCUCCUCUGGUCACUUUGGGAUGGCCAUAGCUAAUGAGUAUAUUUUCCCAAAGGUAUUUGGACCUCUGAUAUGAAGAACUCUCUAAAAAUGAACAAGAGGACUAAUGCAAGAAAGGUGAAGCCAGAUGAAGAACUCACAGAAAACAUUGGGCUUCCCCCAGAACUGCUCGAAGAACAUGACCCUUGGCCAGCCUAUGUCACAUAUACCUCCCCGAUGGUGAGAAGACUCAUUGAGAACAGCAAAGCUAGAGAACUGGAAUGCAUGCAAGCUUUUGAGGAAAGCCAGCGAGCUCUGAGGCUGAAUAAGCCAUCCAGUGUCAUCCAGCUGAAAAGGAAAAAAUCAUCCAAGACAUCUGGCAAAAUGGCGUACAGUGACACAAAGUCAGAGACCAUGUUAUCGUUAUGGGGCACUUUCUCCACGACAGCCACAGGUCCUACCAUUGUUCCAGAACCCAUGCACUUCCGUAUGGAUGCCAGAGAAAGUCCCACAGAAAACUAUAACAAGAUCAUCUUCUCCCGAAAACCUAUGAUGAGGAUGCUUCCAUACAGCUCCCUUCUGGUCAGCAAGGAAAAACAUUCAAAUGUUUAGCAAGGAGUCCCUGAAGCCAUCCCCCAAGACUGUGCAGCAGUUAAGAUUCGUUUGCCACAAAGCUCACUAUGUCCUUUACAUCUGAACUUGCCCCACUUGUGCAGAGGUUAGCUGAGAUAAGCUAGAUCAGAAUGUACAUGGUGGGUGGGUGGGUGGGUACACCCCCUCCAGUAUCACAGUUGGAUGGAGCUAGGAUGCCCCAAGCCCUAGUUCUCACUACAGAUGCUCAGGACCUAACUGUGGGUGAAUGAGUCUGGAUCCAGACAGGAGACAGGAGUCACACCAGUUAUAUUAUCAAAGAUAAUUUAAUGUAAAGAAUCAUUAACUAGGGAACUGAAAAGGUAGGAAGUGAACACAAAAUUAGCAAUGGAAGUAGUGCAUGCGGGAAGCAGUUAUCCCCUCCAAGGCUGGGGGUAGCGGUGGUGAGGAGCAAAGGGACUUUCUAAAAGGGAGACACUUGGAGAAGGGGCAAGUGGGCUGAGUCUCAGGGCUCUGGGCGGGGAUGCUUCUCUCUGGGGCUGGUGUCUCCAGCUCCGAGGACAGCCCCUGUGGGGGUGUUAUCCCUGCCUCUGAGGAGGGGCUGCUAUUUAGGCUGUGGUUGAUUCUGUGAAUGUUGGGAAAGCCUAAAACUGAACUCAGAUUCUUCUGGGAGGAAUUGACACUGCCUGAGUGAACAAGAAGUGUUGCCAGGGGAACCAGACAGGGAGGGGAAGCCUACAGAGAUAAACAGGAAGUAAACCAAAAAAACAAGUCCGUUGCUCCUCCUCCAGCCUCCUAGGCUCCCUCACCCAUCACCCGCUGUGGGCAAAGGCUCCCAGGGAGGAAAGCAGGAAUAUGGGCUGCAGAAGCCCAAACCCAGCAUCUCCAGGAGUAGUACAAAAGGAUGGACUUAACACCAAAAAGAAAAUCAGCUUAAGAACUAGCACAGUGGGGAUCUUCGUUAGUGAUCCCACCUUGCUGCUCCAUCUGGCACCUGAACCUGGUAUUGAAAUGUUUUUGCCCUGGAGGGUUUACAAAGUGGCAGUGGGGGGCUUGGCUGUCCCCUGAUGAGAAAUGGAGGGUUUUCUGUCUUGUACUUCUUUAAGGCUUGCUUUGUGGAGCACAGGUAACCAGGGAGAAGUUUGUGGCUGGAUCUCAGCUGGUUCAGACCACAGCUAGAAUGUGCCCACUCAGGUUCUGAGCUGUUUCCAAUUGGUCCCAAAGCAAGUCGUUAAGCAACUCAAUGGCAAAGCAAACAGGCUUUGUCUUUAGACAUAAGGAGAUCUGGUUAUGAUGGGCAGGCCCAGCUGGUCUCAGAUUUGGGUUUAUCUUCUGAGCCUAGUUCCAUGAGUAGCUUUUCUUUUCUUUAACCUCACCUGAGUCUCUGUGUUUGUAUCUCUGAAGCAGUUAUCAGGCUUCCCUCCCAGAGAUGGAGAGGAUGAAAUGGGCUAGUUGCUAAUAAUGCUAUUUGAGAGAGUUGAACUUGCCCUACAAAUGCAUUCUCUCCCUGCCAGGGUCUUGUGGAAUUGCUUGCACUCAACCCUGCUGCCACGAGUUGUGCUGCGACAGCCGCACAAACGAGGAACUCCAGGCCCACGCCUGCAUUCUCAGCGUUUGGCCAGGAUAAGUUCCUGAAACAAUAUAGAUGGUUUCCAGCUAAUCCACGUAACAGUAUUUUGUGUGAAUUGAGCAUUUAUAGACAUGGAGGCAGUUGAUAAAUCCCUCCAGCAAGAAUUGUUAUCUCUUUUAUCCUUCCGUGGAAGUUUGUAGCCAGAGUAGAUUUAUGAUUAUAGAGCCCCAUGUAGUGUUAGAGUUUAUAGGAAUUUGGAAUUAUUUCUUCCAAUCCCUUUGAGGGCAGUGCAGUUACAGUUUUUUUUUUUCAUUAAAUUUCUAAGUGCUUAAUAGUUUUAGUAAAAAUAGAAACUCUAAGUUUGAAUGAAUGUUUUAUAACUAGCAUUGUUUUGAUUAAUUUGGUUCUCAGCCUGUUAAGAAAUGGUGACGUGAACCUCCUGCUCCGAUGAGCAUUGGUUGUAUCUGUGACUGCAGCUCAGGCUCGUUGCCUCCUGAGGCAGGUUUAAGGAAGAAAAAGUCUGAUGUUUUUAAAAUGUGGGACUCUAUUCCAUCCCAAGCUGGGCUUUACAGGUCUGGCCACAUUUGCCUGAAGGCUGAAGAGGCUGCUGGGACAUCACUCUCCCAGGGAAGAAGCCACUGGAUCUGACCAGCUGAACCCAGGAGUGAAGCCUUGGUCCCUGGGGGACAAGGGAGGCCCUGAGUAACCUGUGGUGUCUGUGGCUGAGUUUUGUCUCCUGGUCCAGACCUCCUUGAGCUCCAUGGAUGUGGGGGUCCUGUGGGCCCCAUUCUUAAAGGGCUCUUUUGCUGAAAUCCUGAAGGCUGUGGAAUAAAAAUGAAACGUCGGGAAAGGAACUGCUCUAGGUGUUGUGAUGCACCUGUGUGCAGGGGCCUACUGUCCUGGGUGUUGGCACGCAGACACCAGGCUGGUGGAGCCCAGGGAGCAUGUGGCAGCACCAGCUUGCUCCUGAGAAUCCAAGAGGUAUCCGUGGUGCUCCCGGGACAGGCAUGAAGCCAACCCUUCCAGGGCUGAAGGCCUGUCUGGCUCAAGCUGGUGGGGCAUGGAAUGGAACUCGGGUUAUUCCUAGUGUAACCUCAUCUGUGUGUCGGAGCUGGAGCAGCCUGGGCUGUCUCAGGUUACUCUGAACAUACUGAACUUCCAUCUUUAAGAGGGAACUAGCUUUCUCUGAUGUUCCACAGUCACAGCCUCUUCCUACUUAUCUGCUCAGCAUCUGGCAUUUUCUGUUUGGCAGGAGAGUCUCCCUGCUGUAGUAGGUCCAUGAAACAGCAGGGUAAUUUGUUGGCCUGCUGUGUGGCUCUGUAACUAAGGCCCCAUCCUGACACAUACUGAGGAACUGCUUUUGAACAGAUUCCCUGCUGUGCACAGUAGGGCAUUUACUCAUUUGCAAAUUCCACAACUGGUGUUCAAAUAGUUGGUUGUAACUUCAGUAACAUGCCCAAGUCUGCCAGUAAUUUUUGCUCUGGCAGGGAUGUCAGGACAUCAAACCAUUCCGUAUUCUGCCAUGUCCCAGCUGUGGCCUGGGAGCAUGUCUUAAAGGAGAUUAGGAUGCUUGACAGAAAAGAGACCUCAGGAAAGUAUCCAAGGAAGAAAUGGAAAAACAGAGGUGCUGGUGCAGGUUCGUGCAGCCAAGUGCUUGGGGUGGCCACAGACCCCUACCUGGAGUGAGGGGCUGGGGUAGGCCCCAUGCACAGGCCUGAGAGAGAACAGUGGCCUGGCCAAUGUGGCAUGUUCAGCAAGUGCUGCUCUGCCUUGUAAUAGCCCAGCCCUCACACAGGAAGUAGGAGUGCCUGAUAGGCCCCCUGGCUGUGUCUUUAGGACAGGAGGCAUAAUGUGUGUAUCCUGAGCUAGGGCUUUUGACCCUUUGGCCUUGAGUGGGGUCCUCAGAGGUAGCUGAAGGGGUAGUCUCAAGGGACAGGGGGUACUGCGGGAGUCCCAAGCAGGGACCCAGGUAUGUCCCUGGAGACAAAAGCAGGAGUAGAAACCCCAGCUCUAUGUCACAGAGGUGAUGCAAGACUGUAGACAUGCUUUGGAGGAUGUGUGCGGGCAGAUGUCCACAUCUGGAUACAGAGGUCUUUUCAGCUGUGGCUGAGUCAUUCAUUCCUAGAAGCUUUAGGAACCCCUACCCUUCUGCAGUGAUGGGCACAUCUUCAGAGACCUUGCAGUGAUGGGCUUGAUAAGUUCCAGAGAAGAUGGUGUGAGAGACGGGGGAGGGAAGUAAAUGGACUUGAGGUCUGUUGAUCUGAUGUCCUCGAGCCCAAUGUAAAGCUCAGGCCUGGGUUUACCAGGUAACCAAUAAAUUCUCCCUCUUCUUCCUUCACUGCCCUCUCACCCAUACCCAUCUCUCACCAGGGGCCCAAAGCCUCAGAUGCUACUUAGGUACUUGGAAAUCCAAC